AUGUCCCUGCAAGAGCAAUUUGAUCAAGCUGCUGCAAAUGUGAGAAAUCUGAAGUCCCUUCCCAGUGAUGCAGAUUUACUUGAAUUAUAUGCACUUUUCAAACAAGCUACAGUAGGAGAUGCUGAUCCAGCGAACAGACCCGGCAUGUUUGACCUGAAAGGCAAGGCGAAGUUUGACGCUUGGAGCAAAAAGAAUGGCACGUCGAAGGAAGACGCGCAAAAGGCAUACAUCGCGAAAGUGGAAAGUUUGAUUGCGUCCAUAGGUCUGCAGUAA